GUAAACAACACCGAUAGAAAUUGGACGAAAACAAACGCAGAAAAUAUAUAACUCCGUUCAUUUUUCAUUAAUUAUCAACAAGAAUUUUAUUGAAGAGGCUUUAUAAACCAUUGAUUCCAUUCGAAUUUGUCACGGACCAAUACAGAAACGUUUUCAUUUACCGAUAAAGUCAAAUGUUAUCAAUGAAACACAUUAGAUAAGGGAUCCAAAAACGAGUGUAUGUUAAAACGGGAAAUUGAAUCGACGACACGAAAAGCCUUCACACAAGACCAGUGAUAACUAACCGAAAAAUAUAAUUCACUUUUCUCUACUUCAAUAAUUAUUAUUGGGUGCUUUUCCCGUCGAUUUAUAAUACGCGUUGCCUCGCAAAGAAAAAAAAACAGGUGAAAUUCAGUGUGUAGGAUUCGUGUCGAACUGUCAAAUUAGAAUAUAAUACCAAAACACAACAAAAAUGUCACAACAACCGCCAGUCAAUGCAGAUGAUUUAAAAUCACUUAAAGAACGGAUGAAUUUGAUUGCAGCAGCUGAUCCGAAACAAAAACUGAAUGAAUUUUCACUAAUUCGUUAUCUUCGGGCAUUUAAAAAUGUUGACAGUGCGUUUCAGGCCAUCCUGAAGACAAACAAAUGGCGCGAAGAAUAUGGUGUAAAAAGUCUGCCCACCUCACCGGCUAUCCUGAACAAUGCCGACAAGGCACGCGUGCUGAAGCACAGAGACUGUUCGGGUCGUCCAGUCAUAUACAUUCCAGCAAAGAACCAUAACGCUUCCACACGUGACAUCGACGAACUGACGAAAUUCAUCGUAAAUUGCUUGGAAGAGGCAUGCGACCGAGCAUUCGAGGAAGUCAUCGACAAUUUGUGUAUCGUUUUCGAUUUAGCCGAAUUCAGCACGUCGUGCAUGGACUAUCAGUUGAUCAAAAAUCUGAUCUGGCUGCUGGGCAGACAUUAUCCCGAACGGCUUGGCAUUUGUUUGAUCAUCAAUUCGCCGACGAUAUUUUCGACUGUGUGGCCGGUUAUACGUGGAUGGUUAGACGAAAACACGUCCAAGAAAGUGGUGUUCGCUAACACAGAAGCAGAACUUUGUAACUACUUGAUACCCGACAUAUUACCCACUGAUAUGUAAGAUUCGGCCUGAACGUUCAUCACGCAAAACAUCAUCGAUUAGAACAAAUUCGACAAAUUGCUUUGCCAUUAAAUCCGAACGCAUCGAAUGAACUGCUGUGUUGGAUGAAUAUUUUUUGACGGAGUAAAAGAGAAUGGUGAAAGAUUUAACCACUUAAUUAACUUAGUAAAUUAUUUAACAAACGACGAUCAAACACAAUACGAAUAGAAAUCGAUGUUUAGCCAAGCAAAUGAUAGUGAGAAUUAUUUUUGUAAAAAGAACAAUUCACUUUACCCUUUUGCUAAUUAAUAUAUGAAAUCUAGAUGGUAGAGCUUUUGAAGCUCUGUAUUUUAGUAAAACUAAUUUUAGAGGCCACCGAGGCGACAAGUGAAAGUUAACCAUUGUACACUAAUUGUAAUUAAUUUGAAAUAAAACACCAGUAAACGGCA